AUGGCAGAUUCGAUAUGUCGUGCUCAAUCUCAUCGAAGCUCAGCUGCCACAAUCGCUCGACCACUUGGAUCAGCCCUUGAGUUUCGUGAUAUUAAAUAUCGAAUUACCUCAAAUGGCAAGACUAGGCGAAUCCUAAAUGCAAGUGCUUUUGGAAUCAAUUCAAGUGGGUUUGUCUGCCUUCUGGGAGGCUCGGGAAGUGGCAAGACAACGCUUCUCAAUAUUCUGGCCAAUCGCAUCUAUACGGGACGCAUUACUGGUGAAAUUCGCGUAGAUGGGAAGGAGCGAUCAGCACUUUUUUAUUCUGAAAUCGGAUUCGUCGAGUCUGAUGACUUGAUGUAUGAACAAUUGACUGUUAGGGAAACAUUGAUGUACGCUGCAAAGCUCAAAUUGCCACAGACAAUGACAUACAACGAGAAGCGUUCCCGAGUAGACUCUGUCAUUAGUCGACUUGGUCUGCUUGAAUGUGCUGAUUCAAUUAUCGGUGGGAACCUCUUCCGUUCCAUUUCCACUGGAGAAAGGCGAAGGGUCGCUAUCGGGGUAGAACUUCUCAGUCAUCCCAAACUUCUCUUUCUUGAUGAGCCUACAAGUGGGCUCGAUGCAUUCUGGGCGCAAGAAGUUGUGGGAAUCGUCAAGAGAGACUCUUUGAGAACGAAUACCACAACCAUUAUGUGCCUACACCAACCACGCAAAGAAAUUCUUGAAAUGUUUAAUCUGAUUUAUAUCAUGUCGAACUCUGGCUCUUUGACAUUCUGCGGCUCGUUGUCUGAAGCUUAUACCUAUUUUGCAUCUAUUGGCCAUCCGAUCCCUGCAACCCGAAAUCCAGCGGAUUACCUGGUCGAGCUUUCGUCAAUUCGGCCAGAGUCAAUCGAAGAAUCUGGAACAAGUGCACGCCGAGUCAAACUGCUGAUCGAAUCCUGGAAAGUACAAGAACCAUCUCUGUUUCCACCCUUCCAUUCUCGAACCUUGAAACUCGAGACUCACAACAAACCAAUAUAUACAAUCCAAACAUUCCUCAAACGAGUCACGACCCUCCUUCAUCGAGAAUUGGUCAUGUUUGGUCGAGAUCGCCGUGCCACCUUCAUGACUUUGUUCAUCACACUGGUGUCUAGCAUUUUACUCGGCCUUGUUUAUAUAAAGCUGUUACUCGAUCAGAACAGCUUGAACUCGAGACUUGGUUUGCUUUUCGGUAUUUCUGGAUCACGAUUCUUGAUGCCAGCCUUUUACAUUGCUCAAAUCCUUCCCGACCUAAAGCCCUUGAUUGCUCGAGAACGUGUCAAGAAUUUCUUCAAUAUUUAUGAAUACUAUGUGGCCAAAUUUCUUGUCAGCGCCAUAAUCCCUAUGUCACAAUGCCUUAUGAUGACAUUUACGAUAUACUAUAUGGUCGGCCUACAACCUGAUAGGUUUAUUGGUUUCUUGAUUAUGAACAUCCUCGCUUCUCUUUCCGGAUGUGCAUUUGGAUUCUUUGUCAGUGUGCUUGCUACUGACAGCACUCAAGCACAAUUCAUUACGGCGUUCAUUGCCGCAUUUUCAAAUCAAUUUACGGGAUUCUUGAUUUUGGUCAGUGAAAUGCCUCGGGCACUUUUUUGGUUACAUUACAUUACUCCAAGUGCUUAUAUCAUGUCAGCCUUAUCCACGAACGAAUUAAAUGGACUAAACUUCAGUUGCAACGCUGACGCCACAAAUUGCUUCCAAACUGGAGAACAAGUCGUCAGUUCCUACGGUUUUGGAGAAAUCGACUUUUGGGCAAAUGCAGCCAUAGUCGCAGGAAUCUUUGGUACAGCCUUUUUCGAAAUGGCUGCUUUGAUGUUGGCAUUGAAGACAAGCACCAAAGCGCGACCAGUGAUUACAAAUAGAAAGCCUGCAACUCAAACCGACACAACCACGUUUAUACCAUUGAUGCAAAUGAACAAAGGCAUUGACACUUAUAGACACAGUACCGUGUCGACCCUUUUCUCAAUGGUAUCUCCCAUAUCACCUAUAUUAACCCUCGUAUCGCCAUUGGUAUCUCCGUAUAGUCCAUACAAAAAGGACGAUGACUUGACGUAUGAGGAAGUCUUUUAUAAUUCUGCUUACGACGAAGGACCAUCAUGCUUCAGGAUUUCAUCUAGAUCGUCAGAAUUUGUCCCGCAGCGUAGUCUCCGCCUGGAAUGGAGAGAUGUUAAAUAUAAAGUGUCGGCUGGUACCACUCGUCAAAUUCUUCGUGGAGUUUCUGGUGAAAUCAAGCCUGGCGAAUUCGUGGCAAUCAUUGGAGGAUCAGGAGCAGGAAAGACAACACUCUUGAACGUAUUGGCGUCUAGGAUUACGGCUGGUGUCACCACUGGAGAUAUUCGAAUCAAUGGAAGAGCUCGCAAUCCGCGCACAUGGUCUAGUCAGAUUGGCUUUGUGCAGGCUGAAGACUGUGUAUUUGAGUCCCUAACCGUUCGACAAACACUCACUUAUACAGCACUCCUCAAGCUGUCAGACAGUAUGACCUACAAGGAAAAACUGGAACGUGUUGAAUCCGUCAUCAAGCGUCUUGGUCUCAGUUUAUGCGCAAAUCAACGCCUCGGUGGUCUUAAUAGUCGUGGUGUCUCCAAUGGAGAAAAGAAACGAUGCGCCAUUGGUCAGGAACUACUCUCCCAUCCCUCUAUUUUGUUUUUGGACGAGCCUACCUCGAAACUGGAUGCUUCACAUGCUUUCCAAGUGGUUGAGAUCAUGGCGAAAGAUUGUAAAAAGACUCGUUCGAGUGUUGUCAUGACGAUUCAUCAGCCGAGACAAGAGAUUCUCAACAUGUUUGAUCGCAUUAUAUUCAUGUCGAAUGGCAUGACGACAUUUUCAGGAACGUUAGAGGAAGCGUAUAUGCAUUUCCUUAGUAUUGGAUACCCACUCCCAAUCAACGAAAAUCCAGCCGAUUAUAUUGUUGACAUGUCGACGUUACAUAUGGCCAAUGCUGAGCUACAUGCAGACUCCAUGAAACACAUUGCCGCAUUGACGGAGGGAUGGAGGAAACAGGAAGCAUUUAUCUAUCCUCCCUUCCGAUACAAAGUUCUACCUCCUGAAAACGAUUCUGCUUCGAUGAUUCAACCGUUUGCAUGGAAGAAUUAUCUCAAAAGAGCUGGCAUUCUUCUGCACCGGGAAUUGAGGCUGUUCUUCAUAGACACCCCCUAUUUGAUUACGAUUGUUGCACAUGUGGCAUUACUCUGCUUUUUGUAUGGUUGGCUUUUGUUCAAGAUGCCAUUGACUCAAGCUGGUAUUCGAUCUCGUAUUGGGUUGCUCUACAAUAUUGCACUGGAACGAUUUGCUGCUGGAACUGUUAAUGUUGUUAGAACAACCAUUGAAACAAGGCCCGUCAUCUUGCGAGAAAGGCUCAACAAUGUUUAUACAUUCCAAGAAUUCUAUCCGGCACGUCUCUUUGUCUCAUUAUUGGGUCCAACAUUGCAGGGUGCUGUUCUGUUUGGUAUCAUCUACGUUCUAACGGGUUUGAAUGCUAGCGCCUACAAGAUUGCUAUCUUUUACAUCAUUGGAACAUUGGGAGUCAUCUGUGGUAAUGGCGUCGGCACAAUCGUAGCUGCCUUUGCCGAUCCCAGCGUGGUUGGCACCUUCAUUGCAAUGAUCAGCUUUGUGGCCUCUCUCUUUUCUGGAGUGCUCAUUACCCAAUCGGCCAUGCCUGGAUUCAUAAGCUGGAUCCCUUUCAUCAACCCAUUGUUCUAUAUCAUCAACACGUGGAGUCAAAACGAAUUUGACGGCAAGUUGAUUAUGGGACUCGAGUUUUCAUGCCCUCCCGUUGGCUCAUGCUUGGCUACAGGACAACAAGUCAUCAAAUUCUACGGAUAUGAUGGCUCGUCUCUGAUCGGUUCUUUAGCUGCUUUGGUCGUAUUUGCUGUCUUCUCGAAUGUUGUUGGAGCAUACCUAUGUGCAAGAGCCACAUCCCUUCGUGUCAAGCUACCUGAACCAGAACAAGAAAAGGAAGAGUGA